AUGGAAGAUUUCAAGAAACUUCCCCAAGAUUUACAAACUCAAGAAAACCUUGAUCGUCUGUUGGAGCUCGAGCAGAAAAAGUUGGAAUUGGAGAAGCUCCGCCUCCAACAAGCUGGCACUACUGCACCUAACUGGAACAAUAGUGGCUCGGUGUAUAACUGGAUGCGAAGAUUCGAUUUUAAUCGUGGCCGGAACCGUCUUGUUAAAUCCUUCGGUAAAAUCUUUGAGCUCUGUGGACGAGAAACCACUAUUGGCACCCUCUGGGAUGGUGACCCAAUAUUGGCCCGAAACGGAGUCCAGGACAGAUUUAAAUGCCGCAAGGAAGGUGAUAAGAAACUUCAUCCCAUCCCUGUCUUGGCUGGUGGGCCUGGAACAGGGAAAAGCAGAUUUCUUGAUGAGAUUGAGAAGAUGCUCUUGCAACGUGCCAACAGCUCUAAUGAUGAAUUCAAAAAUGCUUUCAAGAAUAUGAUUGUUAUUAACACCACCUAUGGAAAUGGAUCCCCAGCUGAUGAUAUAGAUAUGCAACUUGGUGCCCUGUCAUCUUUUGUGCUAUGUAUUCUAUUUGAGUACUUCCGACCUCAGUAUAAAACUGGGGAUAAUUACACUUUUACCAAAUUCCGUGGUGUCUGCCAGAUUGGAGACAUUUCAAAACUUACUCUGGACACAGCCCUUGAGGUUAUCUAUGCUGAUAUCAAGGAACAAGUAACAACUUCUAAUGAAGCUCCUGGUCUGCUGGUUGUAGUUAUUGACAUCGAUGAGUUUAACAAAUUGCAUGCCUUGAGCAAGGAGGCAUGUAAGAAACUCAUAAACACCAUUGGAGGAACACUGUGUGCAUCACCUCCAAAUAUUUUUUUAAUUCCUAUUCUGGCUGGAACAAUUGAAGGACCCUUGGAGCAUUAUAUUACAGAGUCUAUGCACAAAUCACUUCGUCUCCCAUUACCUCUCCUUGAGAAUAAAGAUGCAAUCAAAAUUGGCAAAGCCAUCAAACUUGAUGAAAACUAUGCCCAUCUCAAUGAGUAUUAUCAACUUUGCAUUGGAGAUAUUGGAGAAAUCAUGAAUGCCAUCAAAAUCCAGCUCCUGGAUGACUACAAGUUAACCCAUUACUCAAAUUGGUUGACCAAAACUCUUGCAAAAGCCAUAUUGGGCUUGCCAGUUCUAAAAACUGAUUCAAUCAAUGUUGGCAAGGAAUUUACCACCUAUGAGGAGCUUAGUUCAAGGGGGAUACUUAAUCUAGUCCUGUAUAACACAACAAGUAAGGAAUACCAAAUCCAAAUACCUUACAUAUGGACAAGUGCACUUGUUCGCAACUCCAAUGAACAUGAGAUGAUCUUUUGGCAAGAGAUGCUCAACUAUGAAGAGCCAAUGCAUUGGCGGCAGUGGGAAGAUUUUAAUGCUCAAUUCUGGGCACUGCGCCUCAAUCUUUUCUGCUUAGCAGGCAAUAAGAAAAUCAAAUUGAAGGAACUUCUUAGAGGAGCUAGCAUUUCAUGCAGCCUUCCAGAUGUUGAAGUCACUCUCCCAGAAACAUCCCAAUUGUGCCAAUUAAAACAUCAAUAUCUGAAGGGUAAGCUCUAUUAA